GAAGAACAAGCUCCACUCUUUUGCCGAAAUUUGACUGAAGCAGCGUCUUUUUCGAACGAAACGGCUGAGUUAAAGUCUGAGAGUACAAUCAUUUAAUGGAGAAUUUUCGGAAACCGCUUGACUUUUAAUGACAAAAGUCUAAAGCUCGAUUGUUUCUGCAUUUCUACUUCUUCGUUCGUAAGCACAUACUUAUCCGGGGAAGAGCGGUCGAUCCUUCGCUGAGUUUCGAAGAAGCAGCUCGUCCUUUGACAAUUCGAUGGAGAGAAUGCACGCUGUAUUCGUUUUCUCUGCGAUUUUGUUGUUCGGGUCACUUCUCCCUCAAGGAACAGCCGAUCCGGUGGGGGAUAAACAAGCUUUGCUCAAUUUCAUCAACAAUACCCCGCACUAUCCCACUCUCAACUGGAAUGUGAAGUCACCUGUUUGCGGUAACUGGACCGGAGUGACCUGCAGUCCUGAUAACUCUCGAGUUAUAGCCCUCCGAUUGCCUGGAAAUGGAUUUCAAGGUCCGAUUCCGCCCAACAGUCUCAGUCGCCUUACCGCGCUUCAAAUAUUAAGCCUCAGAUCAAACGCUCUAUCUGGCCCCAUCCUUCCUGAUUUCUCCAACCUCGGAAACCUAUCCGAACUCUAUCUUCAGUUCAACCACUUCUCGGGCCCGUUGCCCUCAGAUUUCUCAGCUUGGAAAAAUCUCACCACCGUCGACCUCUCAUACAACGCAUUCAACGGCAGUAUUCCUUCUUCCAUUUCAAAUUUGACUCAUUUAACGUCUCUAAACCUUGCUAAUAACUCGCUUUCUGGUGAAAUCCCCGAUCUCAAUCUCCCAAGUCUGCAACAAUUAAACCUAGCGAACAAUAAUUUGACUGGAAAAGUACCAAAGUCGCUUCAGAGAUUUCCCAGUUCAGAUUUCCUUGGUAACAAUAUUUCUUUCACAAAUUCCCCUCCUCCAGCUCUUCCAGUUGGCCCACCUGCUCCUCAACCAUCUCCAUCGUCUCCAAGUGGUUUUACACUCAGUGAAUCAGCGCUACUGGGUAUUAUAAUAGGCGCGUGCGUUCUGGGGUUUGUGAUUUUUGCUUUAAUACUGAUUGCUUGCUUCUCGCAAAAGAAUGGCGGUGGUGGUGCUGCUGCUGCUGCUGGGAAGGUGCUGAAAACCGAAAGGUCACCAGCAAAAGCAGUUGCAGGAAGCCAAGACGACAAUAACAGGUUGGUUUUCUUUGGGGGUCGUAAUUUUGCAUUUGACCUGGAGGAUUUGUUGAGGGCUUCCGCCGAGGUGCUUGGGAAGGGGACGUUCGGGACAGCAUAUAAGGCGAUUCUGGAGGAUGCAACCACGGUGGUGGUGAAGAGGUUGAGGGAGGUUACAGUGGGGAAGCGGGAAUUUGAGCAGCAGAUGGACUUGGUUGGGAGUAUCAAGCACGAGAAUGUGGUUGAGCUUAAGGCAUAUUACUAUUCCAAGGAAGAGAAGCUCAUGGUGUAUGACCACUACAGUCAGGGGAGUGUCUCUGCAAUGUUACACGGAAAUAGAGGGGAGGACCGGAUUCCUUUAGACUGGGAAACUCGACGAAGAAUUGCAAUUGGUGCUGCAAGAGGCAUUGCUCGCAUCCAUACUGAAAGUGAUGGGAAGCUUGUCCAUGGGAACAUAAAGUCCUCCAAUAUAUUUCUUAACUCCCGAAAGUAUGGUUGUGUGUCUGAUCUUGGCCUGACAACACUGAUGAGCCCAGUGGCACCUCCUAUCUCUCGUGCUGCAGGUUACCGAGCGCCAGAAGUGAUAGACAGCCGAAAAGCAACCCAGCCUUCUGAUGUCUAUAGCUUUGGUGUGCUUUUGCUUGAGCUUCUCACUGGGAAAUCUCCUGUCCAUGCUACUGGUGGCGAUGAGGCCGUCCACUUGGUGCGGUGGGUCCAAUCUGUAGUCCGGGAAGAAUGGACAGCAGAAGUGUUUGAUGUGGAACUGAUGAGAUAUCCUAACAUUGAGGAAGAAAUGGUGGAAAUGCUACAGGCAGCAAUGGCAUGUGUGGUGAGGAUGCCAGAGCAAAGGCCAAAGAUGGCUGAUGUUGUUAAAAUGGUGAUGGAUACUCGAAGGGUUGACACCAGAAACCGUCCAAUUCCUGAAAUAAAAUCAGACACUUCAACUCCAACACUUACACCAACACCACCAACACCAACAUCAUCUGCAGUUAUUGGACCAGCAUCGUCUUCCGGCCCACAGUGAGGCUAGCUAUUUCCUUUAAUAGUCUCUACUCUUCUCUCCCUCACUCCCUCUUUUUAAUUUUUUUUUUAGCUUGUUAUGUGCUCUUAUUUCAAUUCAUCUUAGCCAAAUGUGUUGAUUGUUUAUUGUUUUCUUUUACAUGAUAAGAUCGUUAAUGUGAACUCGACUCAUUUCGGCUUUC